AUGGCCCUUGCGGUGCCUAUCCAAAAUUCUGGAUCGUCUGGAGUCUCCCCAGCGUCGCGAGUGGAUUCGGCCGAAACCAAAACUAUCGCACAAUCAUUGGCCAAUGACCCGGAAGCAGACCGAAAUAAGAGACACCUCGGCUUCGGAGGCAUUGGUAUAGGUGUCGGUCUAUUCGGUGGAGGCUUCAGUCCGUACGACCACUAUGGGUAUGGUGGUCAUUAUGGAGGACAUGAAGGGUAUUACGGAGGCUAUGGAGGCCACUUUGGUGGUGGUCCUUAUGGAUAUGGAGGUCCCCAUGGAUUUGGAAGCCCUUAUGGCUAUGGAGGUCUAUAUGGUCCGCCGUACGGAGGAGGAUACGCUAAUGGGUACCACUAUGGCUACGGAUCGGGAUUCAGCAGUGGAUUCUUCGGCUAG